AGACAACUACGCAUGCGUGUUAGGCGGCCAUUUUAGGUCAGGAUUUACUUCGAUUCUAUCGUCUUCUUUAGUCCUCACGCGUUUGUGAAAUUUUGGGAAAAAAGUCUUAUAUCAUUGACGCAGAGGCCAGUCUCCAGCAUUCGAGUUAUCGACGGACAUGACGACAGAGUUGUAGUCUGCGCAGCCACAGAGCAACAAAAAGACGUUCUUCUAUUCGCACUAGGCAAGGAUCGCAUUUUGACACCAAACAGUCCGCGAGUCCGGCCAUCCAAAAUGAGAACAUCGCAUUUGUUCAAGCGAUGCUCGGAGAUAGUCGUAAUAUGCCUGUGCACGGUGCUUGUGUUUUAUCUCACAACUACAAUGAUGGAUAACAAGCGGAGCUCCAGGGAUGUCAAGGCUGACUGUGACUGUAGCAAAGGCGACAUUCCUACCAAGCAAGACACCAACGUCAAACGAGAUGCUCCCACCAAACGAGACAUCCCGAGAGAGCAAGAUAUCCUUACAAAACAAGAUGCCCCUAAGAAACCAAAUGUCCCUAGCAUGGAUGACAGUCCUAAAGACAAAGGCAAUACCUUCAAGGUAAACAAAAAACCAGGCCUUUCUGAACAGACCGACCCAACGUGUGCCCGCGAACCCAGAGAUGACCCCAAAGUCAACCCCCUGGCCAAGUUCUACUCCGUCUGGUACGACCCACCUACUGAAGUCAAGAAACGGGACCAGGUGAAGAUAUUAAUCUGGACAGAGCUGUGGGACAAGCAGAUGAGAAAGGUACUACCAAAGGGAAGAGGUGCGAAGUGCUCCAGUAUGCCGAACUGUAUCUUUACCGGAUUCCGGGCUGAAAUUCACGAAGCUGACGCCGUCCUCUUCGAAGUGAGCAACCUGCAGAAGAGACACAACGCUUCCGUGAUGCCGAAGGUGCGCUACCCUCGCCAGCACUGGGUAUGGUACCACACGGAGUGCCCGGGGUUUCCAUCUAUCAACUUCGAGACGUACAAGAGUGUCUUCAAUUGGACAAUCACGUACAGAGCUGACUCGGAUUCCUCUGGUGCCUGGGGCUCGUUGCACAGAACCUACCAGAGACUCGAAGUUGAAGGCGUCGAUCCCAAGAAAGACUACGCUGCGGGGAAAAAGAAGCUGGCAGUCUGGUUCAUCAGUAAAUGCAACACCCAAGCCAACCGUGUGGCCUAUGCUACAGAACUGGUCAAACACAUGCACGUAGAUGUCUUCGGAAGAUGCGGGAAGACAGUCUGUGCGAAGUGGAACGUAACCUGCAUGCCUGGUAUCAUCAGGCAGUACAAGUUCUACCUCGCCUUCGAGAACAUGAAGUGUAAGGAGUACCUCACCGAGAAGUUCUGGAGAAACGCGCUGGCAAACGACGUCAUUCCGGUUGUUCUGGGAGCCAACCGAUCCGACUACGAGAGGCUUGCACCGCCUCACUCCUACAUUCACGUGGACGACUUCAAAUCACCCAAACAACUCGCAAACUACUUGAUGAUGCUUGACAAAGAUAAAGACAAAUACAAUGCCUACUUUAAGUGGAAGACACAGCCUCCUAAGAACAUUCCUUUAGAGGAAGGGGUUUGGUGUAAUCUGUGUAGGGAGCUUACUAACAGGUGUCCUAAUAAAAGAAAACUUUACACAAAUUUGAGAGGGUGGUUUGAAGGGGAGAACCGUUCAAUGUGUGACCCAAUGGAAGAUGUGGAGUAUAAAGAGCUUCAGUUUGAAAACAACCGCUUCAAAGUUGCUUCAUAUGCAUAAGCAUAUUGAAUGAAUACUUAGUAGUAUCAUCUACUUCUCUGUUUAUCAUGCUUAUUUUACCUUAAAGGUGCACUUGAAAAGUUAUGUCUUUUAAUUUAGAAGUUUGAAAUGUAAUUGUGACAGAAAAAUAGCUUUCUUUUUCUGUACUUCAAUGGAAGAGAACUAGGAUUUAGUCACUUUAGUGACUUAACGUUAAUUUUUCCUUGUCUAUGGUAGUUGAUUUCUGUAUAUAGGUGAAACGCACAAGUAAAACUAGCUUUUAGAUUUUUUUUGCGUAUUACUCUUGUAUCUCUUUACUAAGAUAUGUAAACAUUGCGACACUUAACGUGUAUUUUCAUAUUUUCAUUAUUCAUGUGGAUAGUUUGCCGUAUAGUCAUCAGGUUCAAUAAAAAUCCAAAAUAA